AGCUAACAGGAUUGUGGAGCGUCCCGGCGCGCGCCAGGGCCACAUGUGCAGGUGAGGAGGAGGAGGAGGAAGAGGUGGGCGAGGAUGCGGGAUCAUGAGGCAGCGGCUGUCAUGGUCCACAUGGCGAAGGAGGCCGGGAGCUGCAGCAGCCUGGAAGAAAACCCGGAGACGAAGCUGCUCGGCCUGCAGUGUCUGGAUGAGGGUCUGCGGGUCUGCCCGGCGGAGAGCCCGCGCCGCUGCAGCGGGACGCGCCUCUCCUCCGGAUCAGCAGACCAUGAACCCAGCAGCAGCAGCCACAUCUCCUCAGGAACCUUUUAUAGCUGCGUCAGUCAAAUCACUAUCGGCUUUGACCUCGGGGGCCAGGUGGCUAUCGGCUUCUCCCACUGGAACAGUCCCUUCCCACCCAGCGGCCAGAACCUCCCCAGCCCGGAUUGCGUUCACUCGGAGACCGCCGCCCUCCCGGCCGUCACUGAGCAACUCGAGAUGGUGUCGUGCCUGGCGUCGCUGUCCAUCACGCCGCUGCCCAACUGCAGUCAGGAGACGCUGUGCAGCAGCAGCAGCACAAAUGUGAGUUUGUCUCUACAUGGAUCUGAGCCCCAGAGGCGGAGCUCCCAUCCUUGCCAAGUCCUGCUGCAGUCCUCUGCCUGCAGCCACCAGGCAGCAGACAGGCCUCUUACCGUCUCCUACUGUGGAGGAGAAGAGAUCAUGGAGGAGUCGUCUGCCUCCGGCCUGGACUCCAGCAUCCAGGACGACGGGCCUGCUAUGGCAGUGAAGGAUGUCAAUGUGCUGCUUGAGACAGAAAGGUGUGUGGGCAUCAGCAGUGGGUCCAGGGAUGAGGACUUCACCCUGCAGAACCCUGGAACCAACAGCACCAUCCUAGAAGACAACACCAAAUCUAAUGUGUGCAUCGCUGAGAGCAAGAACAAAGCAAGCGGCCUGUUCUUCAGUGAUGGAAAGAGCCGCAUAGACUACGUCCUGGUUUAUAGGAAGUCCAGCUCACAAUCGGAGAAGAGGGAGAUUUUUGAGAGGAACAUCCGUGCAGAGGGCUUGCUGAUGGAGAAAGAGGCCUCACUAACAAACAGCGACAUGAUCUUCUUGAAGCUGCACGCACCGUGGGACGUGCUUUGUCGCUACGCAGAGCUCAUGAACAUACGCAUGCCUUUCAGGAGGAAGAUAUAUUUUAUGCAACGGCGGCACCGAUUUUUAAGCAGAAUGGAGAAGCACAUCAACAAAUUUCGCGGGUGGCUCCCACGCAAACCAAUGAAAUUUGACAGCGAAACUCUUCCUGACUUGGAGCAGAACGAAAGCUUUACCGCCCCCUUCAGUCGAUCGAGGAUCCAUCAUUUCAUCAUCCACAACAAAGAAACCUUUUUCAACAAUGCCACCAGAAGUCGCAUCAUCCACCACAUUCUGCAGAGGGUCAAAUACGAGGAAGGGAAAAACAAGAUGGGACUGAAUCGCCUUCUGAACAACAACUCGUAUGAGGCAGCUUUCCCUCUUCACGAGGGCAGCUACCACAGCAAAAACUCCAUCAGAACACACGGAGCAGAAAACCACCGGCACCUGCUGUAUGAGUGUUGGGCCUGGUGGGGAGUUUGGUACAAGUACCAGCCGCUGGAGCUCAUCAGGAGAUAUUUUGGGGAAAAGAUCGGUCUGUACUUUGCUUGGCUGGGUUGGUACACAGGAAUGCUGUUUCCUGCUGCGCUGGUGGGGCUCUGCGUUUUCCUUUACGGGGUUUUCACUCUGGAUGACUGCCAGGUCAGCAAAGAAAUCUGCCAGUCCACUGAAAUCAUCAUGUGUCCCAUCUGUGACCAGUACUGUCCCUACCUGAGACUGUCAGACAGCUGCAUCUAUGCUAAGGUCACCCACUUUUUUGACAACGGAGCAACAGUUUUCUUCGCCGUGUUCAUGGCCGUCUGGGCGACAGUUUUCCUGGAGUUCUGGAAAAGACGCCGAGCUGUCCUUGCAUACGACUGGGAUCUGAUUGACUGGGAGGAAGAGGAGGAUGAAAUACGCCCCCAGUUUGAGGCCAAGUACUCCAAUAAGGAGAGGACGAACCCCAUAUCUGGAAAGCCAGAGCCGUAUCAGGCCUUUACCGAAAAAUACAGCCGACUCCUCGUCUCUGCAUCAGGAAUUUUCUUUAUGAUCCUGGUGGUGAUCGCCGCCGUGUUUGGCAUCGUGAUUUACCGCGUGAUCACAGUCAGCACCUUCGCCGCUUUUGGCUGGGCGCUCAUCAGGAACAACUCCCAGGUGGCGACCACGGGCACGGCGGUGUGCAUCAACUUCUGCGUCAUCAUGCUUCUGAAUGUGCUCUAUGAAAAAGUGGCUCUUCUCCUCACUAACCUAGAGCAGCCGAGGACAGAGUCUGAGUGGGAAAACAGUUUCACCUUCAAGAUGUUCCUCUUUCAGUUCGUCAACCUCAACAGUUCAACGUUCUACAUCGCCUUCUUCUUAGGAAGAUUCACAGGUCGACCGGGUGCAUACCUUCGCCUCAUCAAUCGCUGGAAGCUGGAGGAGUGUCACCCCAGCGGCUGCCUCAUUGACCUCUGCCUGCAGAUGGGGAUUAUAAUGGUGCUAAAACAGACAUGGAACAACGUCAUGGAGCUCGGCUACCCGUUAAUCCAGAACUGGUGGACUCGUCGAAGGCUGAAGAGAGAGCACAGUCACAUAGCCAAGAGCAGCUUCCCCCAGUGGGAAAGGGACUACAACCUGCAGCCCAUGAACGCCUACGGACUCUUCGAUGAAUACUUUGAGAUGAUUUUACAGUUUGGCUUCACCACCAUCUUUGUGGCAGCAUUCCCUCUGGCUCCGCUUUUGGCUCUGCUCAACAACAUCAUUGAGAUCCGCCUAGACGCCUACAAAUUCGUCACGCAGUGGCGGCGACCACUGCCAUCUCAAGCCAAAGACAUAGGGAUUUGGUACGGCAUUCUGGAGGGCAUCGGCAUUCUGUCUGUGAUCACCAACGCCUUUGUGAUCGCCGUCACCUCAGACUUCAUCCCUCGUCUGGUUUACGCCUACAAGUAUGGACCGUGUGCUGGUCAGGGCCGAGCCGGGGAAGGGUGCAUGAUGGGAUAUGUCAAUGCCAGCCUGUCGGUCUUUAGAGUUUCUGACUUCGAGACGAGAUCCCAGCCCAGAACAAAUGGAUCGGAAAUGUUUGAAGAGGCUGUAAAGUACUGCAGGUAUCGUGAUUACAGAGAGCCUCCGGACUCAGCUGAGCCGUACUCGUACACUCUGCAGUUCUGGCACGUGCUGGCGGCCCGGCUGGCGUUCAUCAUUGUAUUUGAGGUCAGUGUGGGAAAAAAUGUCACUAAACAGUACAAUGCCAUCUGAGAAGAACCUUUGUUUUUUCUGCAGGAAUUUCCGUUUUUCCCCACAAUGAAGGUGAAGCUUUGUUGGUGUGAUUGUGGUUUUCUUUGUUUGAUGUUUAAAAGAUUUGGCACAAAGAUUGGAGCUAGAAUUCCCCCGUCUUGUUAAGCCUUUUACAAAUUGUGUAGCUUCACCUGUCCAAAGUUAACAUAUUGCAGUGAUAAGAUCUACAAAAGAAUCACCCAUGUCUUCCCAGUAAACUGUUCAUAGCAGGCAGGAAGAGGAGUGUCCCAACAAACUACUCAAAACAGCCAUUGAGAAGAACGUCCCAGCAAACUCCUCCAAGCAGGCAGGAAGAGGAGUGUCCCAACAAACUACUCAAAACAGGCAGGAAUAAGAACGUCCCAGCAAACUCCUUGGAAAUGGAAGAAAGCAGAGUCUCCCAGUAAACUGUUCAUAACAGCCAGGAAGGAGAACUUCCCAGGAAACCCCUCAGAACAG